AGAGAAAUGGUGAAAACAGACCCAACAUGAGCAUCCUCAAAAAGUCAUCCAUGGCUAAACUUUCUGAAAACACCCUAGCUGCCCACUUCAUCUUCACCAUUUUCAUCGUUUCAGCUUUAGCUGAAAACGGCAGUAGCUUCGCGAGAACCAUGGACAAGAAGGUGUUGGGGAUGAAGAAGGAAAAGCUCAGCCACUUUAGGCUAUACUGGCACGACAUUGUUGGCGGGAAAAACGCGACGGCGGUUCCGGUGGUUUUCCCAUCGAGGAAUUCAACGACGGCGUUCGGUAUGAUCAGUGUAAUAGACGAUCCUUUAACGAUGGGACCUGAAUUAAGUUCGAAAAUGGUGGGAAGAGCACAAGGGUUUUACUCGGCGGCGUCACAACAAGAAGUAGGAUUGUUGAUGGCGAUGAAUUUUGCUUUUAUGGAAGGGAAAUAUAAUGGGAGUACGAUAACGAUAUUGGGGAGGAACACGGUGUUUUCAAAGGUGAGGGAAAUGCCGGUGAUCGGCGGUAGUGGACUAUUUAGGUUUGCUAGAGGGUAUGUUGAAGCUAGAACGCAUCGUUUUGAUCCUGCCACUGGUGAUGCUGUGGUUCAGUAUGAUUGUUAUGUUAUGCAUUAUUGAUUUAAUUAUGGUUUGGUUUUCAACAAUUAUACUUUGUUAGCUGUUUUUGUAUGAUUAAUGUUCUUAAAAUAUGGAGUUGUGGGUAUUGAUUUUCCAGAUUUUUGUGGUAUGAAUUGAAUGGUCUGUCUAUGGAUGACAGCUACCCAGAUUUUACGUUCAACUUUUUUUCUGCUUUUUUUUCUUUUUGUAAUUUUAUUUCAAUAAGACAAAAGAUUGUUGAA